AUGGCAGCGAUUCACAAAUUUAAUCCGAUAAAAGUGUUACAUCAACAACAGCGUCAAACCGAUGACCUUGGACCAUCUAUGCCGACUAUAUCCACAUUAUUGCCGGUUCCAAAUGAUCAUAUAGCUUCCAAACUUUUGACGAGCGAUACACUAUCAAGAAUAGAAAAAUUUGAUAUGGAUGUCAGUAGCGAAGAUCAAGGAUGUUGUAAAGAUUACAAUAACUUCUGUUGUAUAUUAUUAGCCAAAUGGUGGAAUAUACGUUUCGAUCAUCAACGUUGCAUAGUUCAUUUCGUUGAACAAACUCGUUUUCAAAUAAUCAUCAUAAUACUCGUAUUAAUCGAUUGUAUACUCGUUGUUAGUGAGUUACUUUUAGAUUUUAUUAAAUUGAAGAAAACAUGUAAAAUCGAUUAUAAAAAAGAUCAAAGUGAUGUACAAAUGCAUUUAGCAAUUGAAAUACUUCAUUAUACGUCGGUGGCACUAUUAUGUUUGUUUGUUAUUGAAGUACUGAUUAAAGUUUAUGCAUUCGGAAGAAAAUGGUGGAAUUUCCAUGAGAGAAAGAUGGAAUACUUAGACGCUGCUAUUGUAUUUGUAUCGCUAACAAUCGAUAUCUAUUUCAUUAACCAAAACGAAGGCAUUGCCGAUAUAUCGUUACUCAUUAUAUCGUUUCGAUUAUGGAGAAUUAUUAGAAUAAUUAACAGUGUAGCACAAUCGAUUCGUUCAAGUGAUGAAAAUUCUAAAAAACAUUUAGCCGAAACGUACCUUCAAGUUGCAGAACUUCUAUUGUCUGUUUCGUUUAAAAAAACAAACGUGAUUCAAGAAAUUCAUAAUGAUAAAACAGAAUAUAAUAUUGAAGAAAUAUUGGAAAAAUUUCGUCAAAUAGAUAUUUUAUGUCAACAUUGUUUUACACAUUGUCCACGUCUAUCUUCCCAACACGUAGUCACUGAAGUUGCGCACAAUUUACAAGAGGCUAUUGAACAAGUCAAAUAUUCUCAAUCUGGUUUGAGUAUAAAAAAUACAGGAAAAAGCUCCUAA